UGCUUCAUUUCCCCGGAUCCCGAUGGCAAUGUGACAUUUGUAUCCUAUUCAGACCGUGUAUAUAGGGUCGAUAAUGGCAAGGUGGUUUCAUGCUUUAACAUGUCAGACCACACUGGAGAAGAUGAUGAGCUGGUAGCUACUGAAUUUCUUCCAGAACAGCAGUCACUCUUUGCUAUUACAAGAAUGGGAAAGUUUAUUAUGUGCAAUGGCUUCACAGAUGAGGUGGAGCUGGUGGGCGGUGUCUCCGACGGUCUGCUGGCCAUGGCCUGGAGUCCGGACCUGGAGCUGGCCGCACUCGUCUCGGCGCGCGCGGACCUGCUGCUGGUCACGGCCCAGCUCGAGCCCGUUGUCGAGGUUCCCGUCUUCUCGGAGGAGUUCGGAGACAUGGCGCCCGUUACGGUCGGCUGGGGCCGCAAGGAGACCCAGUUCCACGGCUCGGCCGGGAAGGCGGCGGCGACGGCGGGCCGGCAGGAGGAGUCUGCGCCGCCGUCCGGGGCCGCCGGCGGCGACGACGGCCGGCCGCGGCUGUCGUGGCGCGGCGACGGCCAGAUGGUGGCUGUGAGCAUCGUCUGCCCCGCCUCCGGCGGGCGCCGGUUCGUGGUGUUCAGCCGCGAUGGCAGCCGCCUCUCCACCAGCGAGCCGGUGGCCGGCCUGGGCCAGUGCCUGGCCUGGCGGCCGUCAGGCGCGGUCAUCGCCUCCGUCCAGCGGCUGCCCAACAGACUGCAGACGGUGUUCUUCGAGAAGAACGGCCUGCGGCACGGCGAGUUCACGCUGCCGUUCGAGCCGCACGCUGCGCACGUGCGCGAGCUGCUCUGGAGUCCGGACUCAGCCGUGCUGGCCGUAUGGCUGGAGGCGGACGGCCUGGAGUCGGGCCAGUCGCGCGUCCAGCUCUGGACCACGGGCAAUUAUCACUGGUACUGCAAGCAGGAGCACGUGUUCGAGGCAUCUGACGCCGUGGCGGCCGUCUGCUGGCACCCGCUGGCCAGCUACAGCCUACUGGUGGCGACAUCUACUGGUCGCCUGCUCACCUUCAGCUACCAGUGGCGGCCGUCGUGCGGCGCGCGGUCCGCGGUGGCCGUCGUGGCGGACGGCCGACGCCUGCUGGUGACGCCACUGUCGCACGUGAUCGUGCCGCCGCCACUCUCGGCGCACGAGCUGCAGCUGCCGGCGGCGGUGACGGCCUUGUGCCAGGGCCCGGCCGGCGCCGACCGCUGGCUGUGGGCGGUUACCAGCGACCGCCGUCUGCACGCCUUCCGACUGUGUCAGUAUGAGUAG